AUGGUCGUGACCUUUACCUUGUACUCACUGCUGCAGGCAGCCCUGCUCUGUGUCAGCGCCAUCACCAUGCUGCACAAGGAGAGAUUCCUCAAGAACAUUGGCUGGAUAAUAGACUAGAGAAUUGGUGGAUUCGGGGAGGAGCCAGGAAUUAAAUCUCAGCUAAUGAACCAUAUUCAAUCUGUAACAACUGUGAUGAGAAUGCCAUUGAUAAUAGUAAACUCAAUUGCAACUGUGUUACUUUUAUUAUUUGGAUGA